AUGAAUAUUUUAAUGGAAUUAUCUAACCGAAUUGCAAAUGAACCAUUCAUUUGUGUGCAUCUCGAUCAUUUUUCUGUUGGAAAACAAAUUCAACCACUGGAAAAUAUUAGAUUAAGCGUUGAUACAGCCGAUCCUCCACAAUUUUUAUUGAAUCGACCAAAAUUUACAACAUAUAAUGACAAGGCUAACGGUUUAUAUUUUACGACAAGUACUAAACAAGGCUGUCAAAUAACUAUAACUAUUUAUAUUGAUGAUGACAAAACGAAUUAUAUUUAUCAAACUAAAAUUGAAGAUUUAAUUCGACAUGUUGAUAAAAUUAUUCGAGAAUAUCGAUUCACAGAUGGAGGUCAUGCAUGGAUGUCAAUUGAAUUGACUAGUAAAUUGAAAACAAUAAAAAUUAUAGAAAAAAAAAACGUUUUGAUUUUAUUGGGUUUUAAUACACUGGGAUAUCAAUGUUUAUUAUGUGAUUUAGUUGUUCAUGAAGAAUGUAUUAAUGAUGUAAUUACUUGUGAACAAUCUUCUAUUCAUAGAGAUUUAAAACCUGAAAAUAUUCUUUUAAUGCAAAAUGGUCACAUAAAAUUAACAGAUUUUGGUCUUUCUAAACAGUUGAUUUAUAGAACAGAAACAACACGUACAUUUUGUGGUACAGCUGCAUAUAUAGCACCAGAAAUCUAUCAAAACAUAAAUUAUAAUUUUCCUAUUGAUUACUUUUCUUUGGGUAUAACGAUCUAUGAAAUGAUCCUAUUUGACACUCUAUUUAAUGGCGUCGAUGAAUUGGAAAUAAAAGAAAAUAUAAUCUAUAGAGAUUUCCAAUAUCAAAAUACUAUUUCAUCUGAUCUUCAAACAAUUUUAACUGGGUUAUUAAAUAAAAAUCCAAUAGAACGUUUUGGUAUAAAUGAACUUAGGACAAGGAAUUUUUAUUCAUCUCCAUAUUCAUUAGAAGAUAUUGAACAAGAAAGAUUACCAUGUCCAUGGAACAAACCAAUUCCUUCUAAUCCUCUACUAAAGAAACGUUUAGCAACAGAAGAACUAUGUCUAUCAUAUGUUGAUAAAGAAGCAAUAUGUACGACACUUACAAUAAAUAAUGAUAAAUUUCGCAAUUUUUCAUGUAUUGAUCCUUCAUUAAAACUAUGA